AUGGCAGCGACAGCCUCCGGCGCAACAACAGGACCGCCGGUUGAGUCCAACCAAAUCGAGGCUAGUUGUUCUAACACUCCCGAACCGAUCAUUGCUAACUAUCAAUGUGGACUUCUUCGUUGGCGACCCAGUUGCUUAAAGCGUGCCGCGAAUAUACACGCAUUCCUUGCUGCUGCAUGUUUUAUUUCUUGCUUACAAGCCGCCCACUCCGGUUACUACGCUUCUCAGGUGACUACCCUUGAAAAGCGGUUCGCCGUUGGUAGCAGCGUGAUAGGAGCCGUGAAUUCGUUCUUCGAGAUCGGUUACAUUAUUUCGGUCGUUUUUGUUAGCUAUGCCGGUAGUCGCGGUCACGUUCCGGCUUGGAUCUCACUUGGUUUAUUCAUUAUGGGCGUCGGAGGAUUCCUGUGGGCUCUGCCUCAUUUUAUUUUCCCCCAUUCAUCAGCCGGCGCUUUCUAUUCACUGGAUCCCUUAUGUUCUGUCUCCUCCAGUGCAGAUAACUCCACAUCGUGUGCACAACAACAGUCGAGUGGUUUUGCCUUUUUGAUUAUUUUCUUUGUGGCCCAAUUGCUCAUUGGUUCAGGCUCCAGCCCUAUUCUCACACUUGCUCCGCCAUUUAUCGAUGAUCAUGUUCAUCCCUCCAGAGCACCUCCGAUGAUCGCUUCUCAAUACGCCGCAGCGGCCAUGGGACCCGUGUUAGGUUUCGCCCUUGGUGCAUCAGUGCUGCAAUAUCCGGCAGAACUGUUCUCCCAUACUGAUCUAACUCCCGACAAUCCUAACUGGAUCGGGGCCUGGUGGCUUGGCUUCUUUAUUUUGGGUGGUCUGGUUUUCAUGGGAUCCCUACUCCUAUUGUGCUUUCCUCGAAAACUCCGCGAAAUCUCCAAAAGGCCACGCAAAAGUCCUCUCAUCACCUCGCCCGCUACUGAAGUGCAACUCAAUGGAUCAGCUCUACCCGACGGUGUGUCUCACACCAGCUCAUUCCCUCCUCCGUCUGUUUCCCGUGAUGCCGCCAUCCCUGGGAUCUCUGCUACUGAUGUUGCCGUCUAUUCCUCUUCGGCCUCAAAUAGCGGUCGUUGCUACCGUUCACGUCCUUGUUCCCGCUCGAGACGGUCUCCACAUACAUGUGCGUCACCAUUUCGCCGUAGACUCUUUGAUCCCUCCCACAAAUUCACAAAAUUUUCCCAAAUGGUCCGAUCCUUGGUACUGAAUCGGGUGUACGUGGUCGUAUGCCUGUGCAUUUGCGCUGAAAUGUUCAUGAUCAUCGGCUUCGCAUCGUUUCUUCCCAAAUACCUAGAAAUGGAGUACCAUAUCUCAAAAUCCACCGCCAGUAUGAUAGCAGGUGGCCUGAUAGUUCCAUCUGGCGCCUUCGGUAUCCUUGUUGGUGGUCUGAUUUUGAACCGGUUUCAUUUUCGCAGACGCGGGGCCAUUCGUUUUGUUUUGAUUAUCAACACUGUUAUCAUCGGGUGCAUCACCUCGUUCUUUUUUCUCGGCUGUGACAAUCUUCGCAUCGCUGGAGUCACUGUAGACUAUCCGUCUAUCGGUCACUUUACCACAACGAGGGCACCCUUACCUUGGUGGUCAACCAGUCUUCCGGUUGUCAAAUCCUCUGCAGCAUGCAAUUCACAUUGCGGUUGUGAUUCAAACUUCUGGUCUCCUGUUUGUGAUGAUGUCCUUGAGAUCACUUUCAUCUCACCAUGUUUCGCCGGCUGCACUAAUGUAUCUGUUAAUCCGAAAGUGUACCGGAACUGCGAGUGUGCCGAGGUUCACCGGAACAUGAGCGGCAUCACCCAUCUUACGACAGCCACAUUGAAACCAGGCGAAUGUCCCACCAGCUGCAGCCGACUCCUUUAUUUUAUCAUCGUCCUAACCACAUGCUUGUUUCUCACCGGAGUAAUCCAGAAUCCUCUACUCAUGGUUACUAUGCGCUCCGUCGAUCGCCAGGAACGGUCUUUUGCCCUGGGGGUGCAGUUCGUUAUUCUCCGUCUGCUGGCCAACUUGCCUUCGCCAAUGGUCUUCGGUAGAGUCAUUGACGCAGCCUGUCGUCUUUGGCGUGUUGACUGCGAUCGAACGGGGGAUUGUGCUUAUGUGGACGUUCGCAAACUGAACCACUACAUGACCGGUCUUGGCCUAAUCAUAAAGGGCAGCGGAUUCUUUUUCUACUUCCUCCUGCUCUAUCUGCUCCGAUCUUCAUCGUCACGUGAGUCGGACAACGGCACCAGUAUUGUCCGAUUGUCACGCCAGUCACGCAAACCAAGCGAACCACUCUCUGGCCCCAGAUCGACUGGCUAA